UGCACGCGGGAUAGGCUGCCAGCAGCCGUUGACGCUGGUUCCCCAGGGGACGGGCGCCGACUGAAGUCCCAGGACCAGCCUGACACAGCCAGGCUUGGGAUACACCAUGAGUCCUGCAUCCGCCAGGCAUGAGCUCAGCCGUGAGUCCAUUCACCCUCCCAGCCGCACAACAUCACAAUCUGAACUCGGGGAUGUUCCCUCACGCUCAGAGUCACUGGUGUCUAUCACCUCUGUUGCCCCUCCCAAAAAUACUCCACUGAAUGGCACAUCAUUCAGUAGGUCUACACGGUCAGUGCACAAAGAACAGAGUACCAGCAAAUUACCACCAAUGAAACCCACCCAGAGCCAGAAGGCGCGGCCUGGCCAUGUGUCUAAGAAAAUUAAGAUACGUGCAUCGUUCAAAAGACGGGCUGAGGGCCGGGCUAAGGUCCCCAAAAGACUCAGAGACAGCUCAAAGAAUUUUAUCUUCUCAUCUGCUGGAGUGUUGAAGGUCUUGAGGAUGUGUCUUAUUGCAGCAUCGGUGGUUUGUUUCAUCAUUGGUGGUGCCCAUGAGAUGUUUGUAGCAAUCACAAUUCAGGAAACCUGCAUCGUCCUAUUUUUUAUCAUAGUAUAUUUGGUAACCCUUCAACACUUGCUGAUCUGUAUACAAUGGCCUUUGCUUGAUCUUAUCAACAGCAUCAUUUCAACUGUGUUCCUUGGAGUAGUUGCCAUACUAACAUUGCAAGAAAAAGAAAGAAGGCACUGGUCCUAUGUUGGAGGGAUCCUGUGCCUCUCAGCAGCAAUCUUGUGUUUCAUCGAUGCGUUAUUGGUCAUCAAGAACAUGAAUAACAUGGAAAAAAGUCCUGGGAAUGUAAACUAAGCCUCCACCGCCCCACUGAGGCAGAAGCUAUGCUGAAGUCACCCAGCCCUUCCCAGCAUUUAGCAGGGACUCCACAUAUAAUCACUCCCUCCAGGCCAUCAUGAGCUCCCAAGCCCACGUGUGUGUGAGAUCAUAAAGACAGGGCUGUUAAGUCGGCAACACUUCUGCUUCCUCGUGUGGCCUUGUCUAAAAGUCGCGUUACCCCUCCCACUCCUCCACAAGGUUGUCCCAGGAGGUCAGGAGGGCCAGGACCCCAGGGAGCAACAGCCACACACCUGGGACUUCUUUUCACGGAAGGCCUCACUAAAGCCAGUGGGGCUUAGCGCAAGUUGCUGCAUGGAGGGUGGGAAUUUCUGGCCUCUGCCAGGGUCGAGGCAAUCCUGCUGGUCCGCGAGAGGAGGUGCUCGCGCUGACCAACCAUAAGCGUUAGAAUUCUGCAGUCCCAGCGGUCAGUUGAGCGCCGCCCUUGAACAGGUCUGAAGACACCAGGCUCUCUCUUGAGCUGGGCCUGUUCAAGGACUGCAGGCAAGUCAGAGCCCCGAGAAAUUGAGAACUACUGCUUAUCAUGGCAGUGCCUGGCCAGCCCAAAGCACAGUCCAAGGAUGAGAAGGGCACAA